AUGUUUAAUUCAUCACCAAUGUUAUCAAAAUUAAACAAUGAUUCAAUUUCAAAUUUAAAACAAUUUAACGUCAAACCACAAUCUAUAAAUAUUUCUUCUUCUCUUUCAUCUUUCACUAUUGCUACUACUUCCAACACAACCACUACCAAUAUCAAUAACCUAACUUAUUUAAAUCUAAAUGAUCCUUCUUAUGAAUUAAACAGUUUAAAACAUUUCGAUUUCCAAAGUGACAAUAUAUUAAAAUAUAUUCAAAAUAAGUUCAAUUCAGCAACUAUAUAUGUCUUAUUUAUUGACACCUCGUUAAAGGAUCCAUUUUCCAUCAAUCCCUUGAAGCUGCACUCAAAUGAUUCCUUAACAAUCAACAAACUUCACUUAAAUCUACCAACUACUCUAAUCAAAAGAUCCAAGUUCAAAUUUGAAAAUUUAUUGAAUGUAUCCCUAUCAAAUGAUAAAGUUGAAAAUUUAUUAAAUUUAAUCGAUCUAAGUUCUGUCUUUUUCAUAUUUGACAAAGACAGCCAAUUCACAAGGUGUACAAAACGAAACUAUUAUUUGAUCACGAAAUUUAAUCAAUUUAUCCUAUCCAAAUAUGGUACCAACAAAGAAAUAAUAUUCAUUUCAUCCACAAAUAAAUUUGCUCCUUCUUCAUCCUCAUCCUCAUUGUAUCCAAACUAUAAGAAUAGUAAUCAAAAUCAAAAUCAAAAUAUUCAAAAAUAUAAUCUAUCCAUCAAUAUUCCACAAAUAAAUCUAUCAACAAAAAAAUUGUUUAUCCAAUCAAUUAAAAAGGAUACUGUCCAUUAUUCUCCAGUAUCAUUGUUUAAGUAUUUCCAAUUCAAUAUUCCAAGUAAUAUAGUUAAAAAUGAUCCUUGUUUACCCAAUUGGUUGAAACUUUUUAGUGAUAAACAAAAAUCUAAUCAAAUCUUGUUGAAAUUAGAAAAUAAUUUCCAAUUAUUAGAAGAUUUCGAAAUUGAAAGAUUAUCAACUUGUUUGGUUGAUAACAGUAAUCCAAACGAACAUAAUAUUAGCACUAACAUCACUACCACCACUAUCAACAACAACAAUAUUAAUAAUAAUGAUAAUAAUAAUGAUAAUAAUAAUAAUACUCUUAAUGCUAAUGAAGAUAAAAAAAUUGUUACACCUCCCUUGCUAAUUAACACAAAUAAUUCUUCGAUUAAUGUUGGUACAAAUGGUCCAUCUACUGAUACUGAUUUUGGCGACGCUGAAACUACAAGUUCCACCGAGUCUCUAUUGACACCUUUAAAGAAUUAUGAAUUAUCCAAAGGUGUUCAAUCCUUCAAUAAGAAUAGAUAUUCAAAUAUUUUACCGUAUGAACAUUCAAGAGUCAAACUACAUUACUCUCCAAUAGAAUUCCCCAGCCAAACGGAUAAUAAUAGUAAUAAUAACGAUAAUGCAUCUAAUGGAUUUUUUAUUGCUGAUGAUUCAUCUCCUAUAAAAAUAAGUGGAGAUUCAUUUUCUGUUAACUCCUCUACUCCAUCAGAUAUACACAAUAAUAAUGCCAGACGCAAAAGGAAAGGAUCUUCUGUUAUAUCAGCUGGUAACCUAGAUGAUUUAAAGGACUCUUUAGAAAAGAAUAUUUUUCACGCAAGACCAAUGUUAUUACACUCUAAGUCUUCACCGUACAUUAGAAAUAUAUCAAGUUCUGAUAGAGAGAAGUUCAACGACUAUUUUAAUGCGAAUUAUUUACAGAUUCCUCAAAUUAACAAAGAUUACAAAUAUGUAGCUACUCAAGCACCAUUGGUAACUACAUUCGAUGAUUUCUGGAAUGUUGUACUUUCCAAUGAUAUUAGAGUUAUUGUUUCAUUGAAUUCGGAAAGUGAAUUAGAAAUGAAGAAAUGGGAUGUGUACUGGAAUAAUAAGACAAAUUUAAAGUAUUCAAUUAAUGCUAUUAUUACACUAAAUAAUGUAAACGGCUUAGACGGCUGUAUUCUGCGAAUAUUUCAAGUCUUCAAAAAGGGUAAAUAUAAUUACUCAAUAGUCUUCCAUAUACAGUAUACACAAUGGUUGGAUUCUUGCAGUAUUGAUAUAGUUGAACUAUUGAAGAUUUUUAAUUUAAAAGAUGCUUUAAUAUCUAACCCAAUAGAAUGUCUAAAGAAGAUUAUAAAUAAAAAUCAAAAUGCAAUGAAUACUGGCAGUGAUAUCCUUAAUAUGAAAAUAAAUCAUACUAUUGAUCUUUUACCAGAUUCAUUGAAUUAUAAAAAUUUAGUUCGUAGCAAUACUCCAUUAUUAAUACAUUGUUCUGCUGGAUGUGGUAGAACUGGUGUUUUUAUUGUAUUGGAUUUUUUGAUCAAGAUUUUGGACAAGUCUACUAAUCAAUCCAAUAAGAUAGAUGUAUGGAAUAUACCCAAUGACCUGAUUUUUAUUAUUGUUAAUGAGUUAAGAAAACAAAGAUUGUCAAUGGUUCAAAAUUUAAGUCAAUAUAUUACAUGUUAUGAAUCUCUUCUAAAAUAUUUUGCAUUAAUUAAGAAUAAAACAAUUCAGUCAGACUAG